CCCUCUCCCGCUGCAGCCCGGCCGGGAUGGGCAGCGCCGCCGCGCCGGGGACCCUGCCCGCCUUCCAGUUCCGGCCGCGGCACGGGAGCCCGGACUGGCGCCGCCUGAGCGCCGUGGACGUGGAGCGGGUGGCGGGCGAGCUGGACGUGGCGGCCCUGCAGGAGCACCUCGGCCACGUCACUUUCUGCAGCGCCGAGCGGCUGCUCUGCCCGCAUUGCCGGGGCCCCGCCGACCCGCUGCUGCUCAAGCUGGUGCGCCUGGCGCAGCUCUCCAUCGAGUACCUGCUGCACUGCCAGGAGCACCUGGGCGCCCAGCUGCAGGCCCGCGAGCAGGCGCUGCGGGCGGCCGACGCCCAGCUGGAGGAGGCGGGCAAGGAGGCGGCCCGGCGCGCCCAGGAGAUGAAGCUGCUGAAGGAGGAGUGCAGGCGGCGGAAGAAGAUGAUCAGCACCCAGCAGAUGAUGCUGGAGGCUAGAGCCAGCUAUCACCAGUGUCAGUUUUGUGAUAAGGCUUUUAUGAACUACUCCUUUCUACAAAGUCAUAUGCAACGGCGCCAUAAAGAAGAAUCUCACACUGCAGAACAAAAGAAGAAAGCACAGACAGAUAAAUUACAGGAUGAGAUUGAUAAAUUGAAGGAGCAGUUACAGCUCACCAAGUCCCUCCUAGAAGCUGAACAACAAGCUCACGUGGCCAGAUUUUCUAAGGAAUAUGAACAUCAAAGAUCAAAAGAAGAAGAAAUUCUGCAAUCUUUUCAUAAAUGGAAAGAGGAAGAAAAAGAGAAAUUGGCUGAUGAAAUAGAGAAAGUAAAAGAGAUGUUUAUGAAGGAGUUUAAAGAAUUAGCUACAAAGAAUACUGCAUUAGAAAAUCAAUUGUUAGAAUUACAGAAGUCCAAUAUUCAACUGAAAUCCAAUUUAGGCACUUUAAAAGACAGCCAUGAAUUUACAGAAGAGAGACCUCAGAAUGAUCAGGAUUAUCAGAAUAUGAUGCAACUUCUUGAAAAACAGGAAAGUAAGUGGACUUCCAGAAUACAAGCCCUUCAUCAAGAACAUGAAAAAGAAAGGUGCCAGCUACUGUCACAGAUUGAGAAGCUUAAAUCAUCAAUGACAGAGGACCUAAAUGCAAGUAACAUCUUCUAUAAGAAAAGGAUAGAGGAGCUAGGGCAGAGGCUUCAGGAACAGAACGAGCUGAUUAUUUCUCAAAAACAGCAGAUAAAAGAAUUGUCCACAAAAUCACUAGUAAGCGUCAAACCACAUGAUGUGAAUGCUCCAGCACAGCAUGUUGUAGAACCUAAAUCAAGUCUACAAGACACACAUGAAAAGGCACUCUUGGUGCUUAUGCUGGAGCCCAUAGAGGAGCUUUCAGAAGAGGAAAAAGAAAUAGAAAAAAACGAACACAAAAUAGGCAGAAGUAAGCAACAUUUAAUAAAUGCUUUGAAGACUAAUCCUUCAUUAACUAAAGAAUUACGAACGGUUUUGGAGCAGACCCUGGUGGAGAAGUUGGAAUCCUUGGGAAUUAAAGCAGGUGUUCGUGGUAUCCCAAGUGACUACUUAAACAAAGUCUUAGUUUCUGUCGAAUCUGCUAGAGAAGAGAAAGAGAAACAAGUGCCUGACAUUCAACUAAUUCGAGAGCAUCUUGAACGCCAAGUCAGCUUCAGGAUUGAGGAGAGAUCUUCGUCUUGUAAUAGGCUUGUUUCCAGCUCUCGUCUUGCUUCAGAAGAUAAACAGAAGAUGGUUCAUAUGGCAACUUCCUCAUCAACAGUGCAGCCAAAACCAGCAAAGCGGACUUCUACAGUUGUAUGCCCAGUUGGACAAAGAAUGACUUCUGCUGAGAAUACAUCUACACCAAAACCCAGGAAGCAUGUUUUUCAAGAAGGGGUUUCCAGAAAAACAUCUAGUAUUGGCACUCCACCAUUCAGCUCAGAAGAGGAAGUGGAUGAUGAUGAUAUUAUGCACUCUUAUAUAUCACCAGAAUUAUUGCAGCUAAAAGCAUCCAGCAACAGCAUGAAUAAUUGUGGGAUGGUUACAGGCAAAAGUGAUAUGGAUUGGACUGAAGAAAGUGAAAUGGAGGAGAUUGAAACACCUUCCAAGCCUUCAAAAGGUGCACUUAUCCAAAAACUGACUGAACAAGUUGAAAAGACGCUUUCUAGCCAUGGAAAUAAGAAUAAGCCAGCUGGAGGAAUUAAUGUCACACAGGCAUUUAUUAAAAAAGAAGAUGCACAAGAACUGAAGUUCACAGAAGUUGAUGAUGAUGACUGGGAUAUAUCAUCUGUAGAAGAAGAAAAUUGUUUAUUAGCAAAAGACGAGAGAGGGCAGAAGGGAACUGCAGUUCAAAAGAAUAAUGAAUCAAAUACUGCAUCAAUGGUACAUGCCUGGGGUGUUCCUAAGGCAAAUAUGCCUAAGGAGGAAGGAUUUCAUGAUGCUGAUACAACAAGCACCUUAAAAAGCAGUUUAGUCACUGUAACUGAUUGGAGUGACUCUUCAGAUAUAUAACUGUUCAAUUCAAAAUGGCAGACAUUUCCGUUAGAUCAUAAUACAGAGUUAAAGACCCUGUCUAAAAGAUUCUGACUCCUAUUCAUUUUUUUCAAUUGUACAUUAAUAACAAGGAAGAUUGUUUACAAAACGCUUGUGUCUUUUAACCUUGAGCAGUUUACCAGGGGAUUUACACACAUGUAAUUAGCCCCUCAGUAUUUAGAAACUUGGGGUGAAACCUUGGCCGAAUUGAAGUCAAUGGCAAAACUCCCAUGAACUUCACUGGGGCCAGGAUUUCUCCCUAUUGUUUCUUUGUAAGACUGAAACCGGUUUCUAAAAAAGCCCAGAAGCAUUGACGUUUCCUGCAGAAUGUUACUUAUCAGUAUUUUUAAAGCCUUUUAAAAAAAACGUAUAAUUUUUUUUAUAUUUUAUCCUGAAUUUUAUAUAAAAAUGUGAACAUUUUAAAUAAACUUUUUCUUUGUAUUAAAAUGUUAACAUUUCCCAGCAUGAUUUAAAGUAAGUGUCAGAGGCUGAAAAAUGGUAUAGUUUACAGAUUUGUUGGUAUAUGCCUUGAAACUUAAUACUGGGAAAGUGUUUCUGCUUUACUUAUUAGAAUAGGUUUUAAUGUGUAUUCAUACAAAACUUCAAAUUAUAAAAAUAUAGCUAGACAACUUGAAUGGGAACAAGAAAGGUACAGAUGUGGUAUUGAACACUUAUUUGUAUUUUUUUUUAUAUAUAUUCAAUAAACUUUUUCUCUUGCAGUUGCAUUAAUUUCCCAAGGUAGCUGCCUUCAUAAAAAAAGACUUAGCUGCUUUUGAAUUUAAA